AAAUAAUAAUAUAUAAAUCAAUUUUUCCUCCUCCUUUUUCUUUACUUUAUAAUUAUGUCCAGCAAGUAUCAAUAUGAAACAGUCAAGGUUGAUUUAUUACCUGAUGGUGUCGCUCAUGUUCAAUUAAACAGACCCAAAAAGUUAAACACGCUUAACCCUCAGAUGGUUAUUGAUAUUAGACAACUCUUUACUGAAAUUGCUGAUGAUAGUAAUGUUCUAAGCAUUGUUAUAUCCGGCGCAGGCCGCGUCUUCAAUGCUGGUUUGGACUUGACCGAAAGCAAUCUUACUGCAUUAGGUGAGGCAGAAGAUAUUGCUCGAAAGGUCUAUAGAACACGCCCAUUCGUUAAAAACUUUCAAGAUGCCUUCACAGCCAUCGAGCGUUGUCCUAAACCUGUUAUUGCUGCUAUCCAUGGCGCGUGCAUCGGUGGUGGAGUUGAUUUGAUUACUGCAUGUGAUAUUCGAUAUUGUACUAAGGAUGCUUUUUUCUCUGUAAAGGAAGUCGAUGUCGGUCUUGCUGCUGAUGUUGGUACUUUGCAAAGACUGCCUAAAGUAAUUGGCAAUCAUAGCCUGGUUCGCGAAUUGUGCUACUCAGCUCGCAACCUGUACGCUGAUGAAGCCUUCCAAUGUGGAUUGGUCAAUAAGGUUGUUGAGAAUCAAGAGGCAGUGCUAACUGAAGCUUUAAAUAUGGCUAAACUCAUUGCUUCAAAAUCACCCAUUGCUGUGAUGGGAACCAAGCAUUUAUUGAAUUAUUCUCGUGAUCACUCUGUUGAUGAAGGUUUAGCUUAUACAGUCACUUGGAAUGCUGCUAUGCUUCAUACAGAGGAUAUUCCUCUUUCAGUUCAAGCAGCUCUUUCCAAAAAACCCGCCAAAUAUUCCAAGCUUUAACACUCCGAGUGCCCUUCAGGCUAAAAAUAAAGUUUUUUUUCUGCU